GUCAGCCAUGUCUAAAAUUUAACUCUAUAAGGAUCGAUGUUCCAACAGACCGGCCCUAAAAAAAUAUCUGUUAACAUCGACGAUCCAUCCUGCCAUACCAUACCAUCAAAUCACAAAAUCCUUCACGCCGCCUCACUCUCCGGCAGUAACGCCGUUCUGCAAAUGGUCGAUCGGAGCGGUGAGGAAAUGCCGAUCACCAUUUGGGUCUAAAAAACCCAAUAAGCAUUUCACAAUGGAGGGCGCUGAUGCUAGUGCCAGUCACAAGUAUGCUAAAGAAUUACAAGUGGGUGUAAGAGUUGUACAAAUGGCUUGUUCUCUUUGUCAGAAGCUGCAAAAGGGCUCGGUUGGUCCCAGCCCUGAUCACGUUAUUUCGAAAGAUGAUGAUUCACCUGUUACUGUUGCCGAUUGGAGUGUACAAGCAAUGAUUAGCUGGAUGCUAUCAGAAUCGUUCGGUAGAGAAAACGUCUCAAUUGUUGCAGAAGAAGAUGCACAAACACUUUCUGAUGAUUCUGCCACAAGUUUAUUGGCAUCCGUGGUUGCAACCGUGAACGAAACUUUAGCCAUGGCACCGCGUUUCGGUCUCAAGGGUCCAACCAAACCUCUUGGGGGUUCAGAAAUUCUUGAUGCCAUUAACUGCUGCAAUUCAACUGGUGGUCCGGUUGGAAGACAUUGGGUUCUUGACCCUGUUGACGGAACCCUAGGGUUUGUGCGUGGAGAUCAGUACGCUGUCGCACUUGCGUUGAUUGAAAACGGGCAGGUUGUGGUUGGGGUUCUUGGGUGCCCUAAUUAUUCGAGUAAAAGGAAAUUGGUAAAUAAUUCAAGUGUACGGUCGGAUUUAUGGCAAGAAGGGUGUGUUAUGUACACAAGUAAAGGUAGUGGUCAAGCUUGGAUGCAACCACUGAUUCAGGGUCACGGGUCACUUGAAUGGCCCAAUUCGGCUAGCGUUAUACGUGUUUCUUCCAUUGAUAAUCCUGUUAUGGCUACAUUUUGUGAACCAGUCGAGAAAACUAACUCUAACCAUUCUUAUAGCGCUGGAAUUGCUCACAGAGUAGGGCUUAGAAAGCAACCGUUGCGUGUGUAUAGCAUGGUAAAAUAUGCAGCAAUCGCGCGUGGAGAUGCAGAGAUAUACAUGAAGUUUGCAAAAGCUGGAUACAAAGAAAAGAUAUGGGAUCAUGCUGCUGGGGUGGUAAUUGUGGAGGAAGCUGGCGGGGUUGUGACGGAUGCUGGCGGCCGGCCAUUAGAUUUCUCAAAAGGCGUGUAUCUUGAAGGUCUCGACCGGGGAAUUGUUGCCUGUUCUGGAGUGAAUUUACAUGAGAAAAUCAUAGGGGCUGUUUAUGCAAGCUGGGAUUCCUCUCAUCUUUAAAACUUUCCAACUCUUGUAAGCAAGUCAACUUGACUCAAGUAUGAGAUGUAUGCUCUGUUUCAAGAAUCACUCUAGGGGUUAUUUUUGUUAUUUCCAAUCAAUACAAGUUUAAAAUGCAUAUCAA